ACUGAGAGAGAGCGCGACCGAGAGAGAGAGAGAGAGAGAGAGAGAGAGGCAGGGAAGGAGGGGAGGUUGGGAGAGUGUAGGACACAGUGUGUGCUCCUCACAGCUGCAGAAGGAACGAGAAGAGGCAGGAACAAGAGAACGGGGCAAAAAGGAAGAAAGGAGGGAGUGAGACCUCGGAAUGGGUGUCUAACACUGCCCAUCUCGUUUCAUGAGCACCAGCCAACGUUCACACCAGCGCUAUCGGGUUUUUUUUCCCAUUGAAAGUCGCACUUCAUACACUGCUCUGACUGGAUAAAGGAGAAGAGCACUCCCCCCUCCACACACGCACGCACACAGAAAAUACACAGGGGCAGGUAGAAGAGGUGAGGAGCCACAGGAAGACAGGAAGCCGCUUUGUUGCUGCCUCUGCUGCCACACAGCUAGCGAGCAGCUUGCCGGCGCUGCUCAUGUCUGUGAACUCGGAGAAAUCCUCCUCCUCUGAAAGGCCAGAUACUCAGCCAAAGGUUCCCUUGGUGGUCCCACCUCCGCCGCCACCACCAGAGCCUGCGGCCCCCCCAGAGCCGGAGGAGGAGAUCCUGGGAUCUGACGAUGAGGAGCAGGAGGACCCUGCAGACUACUGCAAAGGGGGGUACCAUCCGGUAAAGAUCGGGGACCUGUUCAAUGGACGGUACCAUGUGAUCCGCAAGCUCGGCUGGGGCCACUUCUCCACCGUGUGGCUGUGCUUGGACAUCCAAGGAAAGCGCUUUGUGGCCAUGAAGGUGGUGAAGAGUGCUCAACAUUACACUGAGACAGCGCUGGACGAGAUCAAGCUGUUGCGAUGUGUCAGGGAGAGUGACCCCAGUGACUCCAACAAGGACAUGGUGGUACAGCUAAUAGACGACUUCAAAAUCUCUGGAGUCAAUGGAACUCAUGUGUGCAUGGUGUUUGAAGUGUUGGGUCACCACCUGCUCAAAUGGAUCAUCAAGUCCAACUACCAGGGUCUGCCGCUGCCAUGUGUAAAGAGCAUUAUCCGGCAGGUGCUGCAGGGACUGGACUACCUUCACAGAAAGUGCAAGAUCAUCCACACAGACAUCAAGCCCGAGAACAUCCUCAUGUGCGUGGAUGAUGCUUUUAUCCGCAGGAUGGCCGUGGAGGCCACCGAGUGGCAGAGGGCUGGGGCGCCCCCUCCCUCUGGCUCCGCAGUCAGCACUGCUCCCCAGCUGAGGACAGUGGGAAAGAUUUCCAAGAAUAAGAAGAAGAAGCUGAAGAAGAAGCAGAGGAGACAGGCCGAGCUGCUGGAGCGCCGCCUGCUGGAGAUCGAGGCCUUGGAACGCGAGGCCGAGCAGCUGAGGGGAGAGUCUGGUGUGGUCGCCACCGCCGACAGCGAAGAGGAGGAUGAGGAGGAGGAGGUUGAAGAGGCGGAGGAGGACGAGGAGGAGGAAGGGGACAGGGAACGGACAAGACAUGCCCUGCUAACUAACCACACCUGCGCAGCACUGGAUUACCGGCAGCCUCUGCAGGACCUAUGUGGUGCUGAGGGGCCUGAGGACGGGGACACCGCAGAGAGAGAGCCCCCACCCAAGCCCGAAGGCAGACCCAGAGUGGAAGAAAUAGCGGCGCAGGAGAAAGAGGUGGGCGAAGAUCAAAACGUGGACCAGGAGAGAAGGAAGGUAAAGGCGGAGAGCAAGGAGCCUGUGGAGAAAGAAAGUCUGAAUGAAGAGACAGUGAGCGAGGAAGAGAAGACGGAGAGCAAGAAUGACAAAGAGAAAGAGGAAGAAGAUGAUGACGAGGAUGAAGAAGAGGACGAAGAAGAUGAUGAUGAGGAUGAUGAUGAUGAAGAUGAAGAAGAAGAGGCUGAGAAAGGAGGAGAGGAGGAAGGUCCAAAAGCAAAUGGGCAUGUAGUGCUGGAGGCUGAAGAGGUAGUGUGCCCCCUGGUGGAGUCGGAGCUUAGUAUAACGGACAGGGAUGUGUCCUUGAGCUGCUCCUAUGACCUCUUUAAUGGGGAAACUCCAGGGAUUGUCAAUGGGGCGCAGCACAGAGGUACCAGCCCUCGUUACCCAGAGCUGCCCCAGGACCCCUUACCCAGUGGGGAAAUCCCUCUGCACAGCGCUCCUGCUGACCGCAGCCGUACUGUGUCCUCCUCAAGCACUGGGGACGCCCCCAAAGAUCAGCCUCACACACCUCAUCGACAUGUUGCCAAAGCCAAGGCUCGUGCAGCAGAUCUGCUGGUGAACCCUCUGGACCCCCGAAAUGCUGACAACCUGAGAGUAAAGAUUGCAGACCUUGGCAACGCCUGCUGGGUGCAUAAACACUUUACUGAGGACAUCCAGACACGGCAGUAUCGCUCCAUCGAGGUCCUGGUUGGGGCAGGCUACAGCACCCCCGCUGACAUCUGGAGCACCGCUUGCAUGGCAUUCGAGCUCGCCACUGGAGACUAUCUAUUUGAACCACACUCUGGGGAGGACUAUUCCCGGGAUGAAGACCACAUAGCUCACAUCAUUGAGCUGUUGGGCUGCAUCCCAAGACAAUUUGCACUUUCCGGAAAAUAUUCCCGGGAAUUCUUCAACCGGAGAGGGGAGCUGAGGCACAUCACCAAGCUGAAACCCUGGUCAUUGUUUGAUGUGCUGGUGGAGAAGUAUGGCUGGGCCCACGAAGAUGCGGCCCACUUCACCCACUUCCUCCUGCCCAUGCUGGAAAUGGUCCCAGAGAAAAGAGCCACUGCUGGGGAGUGCCUCAUGCACCCCUGGCUCACCUCGUAGCGGUGCCCCACCCCUCUGUGGGUAGGCUUCGAAACUGCUGCCCCUCAUGUGGGCCGGAGGAGGAGGGUGGGGGACGGGACUGGUGGGUGUGGUCUGCCCCCGCCCUGUUCCAGAUGGAGCGUUGAAUAGACCCCAUUCACAGAGACUAGCACAGCACAUAAGUGCAGCUUUGUGACUCUGCCCCUGUUGUAGGGGUGUGGCUGUUAAGGGCGCGGCCAAUUGGCCACACCACCCUGCCUAUCACAGGAGCGGUCCACCCACAGGCCCACGAUGUGACCAACAGGAGAACAGCUCUGCCCAUUCCUGUCUUCCUCCAUGUGCCAGUGACCCAUAAGUCACGCAUGCUGUCCCCCCCCCCCCCAACAUAGCACGUCUGUACGUGUCAGUCUGUGAGCCUGUGGUGGACAUUGGACUGCUGGUGUUUACGGCAUGUUUUCCAGCCAAAGUAGGUCAGGAGGUUUUACAGUUAGGGGAGCAGGAGUGUUGCUAUGAUAAACAUGAUUGUGUCUUCCAAGACAAAUACUUGUCAGUCCUGUGGACAGACCUCGCAGCCAGCAAGGGGAGCUGCAGGUAUAGGGAGCACUGCUAGAAGGCUUUAGUCAGGAAUUAGAAGUCAAACUCUCCUGAUCUCCUUGACUGUGGACUGGAGCAAUUUGCCUCUGAGCUCUUGGACAAGAGGAAUUAAUGUCUGCUCCCUUAUUUCGAUUUGGCCAAUCCUUGUAUCUAGUUUCAAAUAGUAUACCUCUUUUACAAUUAUCACACAGCCAGGGCAUCUUUUGAGUUUGCUGCUGAAAUGUUAAGUACAAUUUUUAUUGGUGUGAAGCCUUCAAAACUUAGGCUCUGCCCCACGAGACUUAUUCCUGACGUCCUAUGGAGACCCUUGACAAAGUACCCCCUCUCCCAGUGGUGCCAAGAGCCUUCCCACAGGGUGUUUACAGAGCAGAACUGCUUGCGACAUUCUGCUAUCCUUCAACAGGGGGUACUGUAGCCACUGCCAGUGUGACAGGAGACUGAUCUUCCUGUUCUGAGGUUUUCAAAAACGAGUGUGACAGCAGGUACAGUCUGAAUAUUUUUUUAAAUGUGAAGAACGUUAUUCGGUUGUGCUGGCAAACUUCAUUCGUUCUCUCCGCGUUUUAUUUGUACCAUUCACCCACUGAGAAGUCUCACCUCCAAUGAAGACAUAUUAUGAGGUCCUUCACCAAGAUGCCAUCCUCUGCACUGCCCAUUCCAUCACUUUUCUAGUACCGUCUUCUAAACUGUCUCGUCGCUUGUUCUCCCAGCUGCCAUUUCCAGAACUGGUGUUUAAAAAGGAGUUUGCAGAUACCCCUAUUGAGGGCUCUUCUGUUUCAAUGGCAGAGGGUCACAGACAUGGACAGAUUCCAUGCUUCUUAUCAUAUUGGAGGAAGCCUGGUUUUGUGGUCAUUCCAAGGACCCCAGACCACAUCACUCCUCCUCCCCUUGCUCAUCCCCAUUAGUAAAUUGCCUAUUUUCACAAUAAAUACUAAGUAGAUGUCAACUUGCUCUUUUGUUAAUAAACCUCAAUACCUUUAUCAAAAUAAAGUAGGAAAUUCACUGGUGUUGUGGCAGUGACCAAAUCUUGUUAGUGUUGAGGUGAUUGUGUUUGCUCAUUAGAUGUUUCUCCAUCUUUUUUCCCCCAAUUAUUUUAUUAUUAUUUUUACAGUCUUUACCUCCACCCUAGUCUUACAUGAACAGUGCUGCUCUUGGAUGUAUGUGAUGGUCGUGAAAUCAGUUCAACAUUUUUGCAAUAACAGUAGUUCUGACCAUGACAUUUUGCACCAGAAGCUCCUGGAUCUCUCUUUCAGCCAUGCUGACCGUUCUUCCAUGCGUCAGAGGAAUGUCCUGUUUCUCAUUAAGAGGUUUAAUAAAACUCAAAACGUUCAAACUGCUA